AUGGGGGAGCAGCUCAGCACGGAGAGCGCCCCGCCGGAGCCAGCCAUCGCCGCCCCCGAGCCGCCUCUGCCGGCCGCGGGAGGUCCGCAGCCGCCGCCGCCAGUGAAAAGCGGAAGGGCACCCCGGCCACAAGGCCGGGAGACGGAGGACGGUGUCGGGGCUCCCCCGGAGGAAGGUCCCGGCUCGGAGGACGAGAGCAGCAAUAGCCGCCGGCUCUCCUUGAGGCCCGUCUGUUGCACCGUCUACUGCGUGGAGAGCGACUGGAGGAGGCCCGAGCCGCCGCCUGAGUCCCCUCUGCCGCCGGGCGGGGAAGGAGGAGAGCCCCGCUCCACAGCCGCCCCGCUGCCCUCUCUGCGCGGGGGAGGGAAAGGGGGAGGCGGCAGCAUCGAGGUCGACUUGUACCUUCUGCCCGAGCCUUUCUCCGGGCUGAUCUCGGGGGACUUUGGCUCCUUGCUGGUGCUGACCUGCCGCGUGUGUCUGGAGGAGAAACCCCUCAAGCCCCUGCCUUGCUGCAAGAAGCCCGUCUGCGAGGACUGCCUGAAGCGCUACCUCAGCUCCCAAGUGCAGGUGGGACUUGCAGACAUCCAGUGUCCAAUAACAGAAUGCAGUGAACGUUUGGAUGAAACAACUGUCCUGUACCACUUGCCACAUGAUGACAUCAUCAAGUAUAAGUACUUCCUGGAACUCCGCCGUAUUAGCUCAAGCACCAAGCCAUGCCCUCAAUGCAAGCACUUUACAACCUUCAGGAAGCGAGGCCACAUUCCAACCCCUACCAAAAUGGAGAACAAGUACAAAAUUCAGUGCCCAACUUGCCAAUUUGUAUGGUGUUUUAAGUGCCACUCUCCCUGGCACGAAGGUGUCAACUGCAAAGAGUACAAAAAGGGAGACAAGCUGUUGCGUCACUGGGCCAAUGAAAUUGAACACGGGCAGAGAAAUGCUCAGAAGUGCCCAAAGUGCAAGAUCCACAUCCAGAGAACAGAAGGAUGUGACCACAUGACUUGUUCACAGUGUAACACUAAUUUCUGUUACCGCUGCGGAGAGAGAUAUCGCCAACUCCGUUUCUUUGGAGAUCACACAUCAAACCUCAGUAUAUUUGGAUGCAAAUACCGCUACCUCCCUGAGAGACCACAUUUAAGGAGAUUAGUGCGAGGCUCUGUCUGUGGUGGAAAACUACUUAUUGCACCACUGAUACUGGUUUUGGGGCUGGUAAUGGGAGCCAUAGCUGUUAUAAUAGGUUUAUUUGUGUUUCCUAUCUAUUGCCUUUGUAAAAAGAAGAGGAAAAGGCCACAAACAGAAAUGCCCUGGAAUGAGUGAGCAUAAAUUGAAUGGAGCUGAUCCUACAAGGCUUAUGCAAAACAUGUGCAACACAGCAAUAUCCUGCUGGUUAACUGUCUUGAAGCUAUAGCCCUGGCAGAAACUUAAGGGACAUCUACUGUAUUCUCUGUAUACAAUACACUACUGAAGACAGGCCAGAAUGCUUCCCCGCUCUAGUGCCUCAGAAGAAAUGGAGGCUUC